AUGUCACAGUACGUGUCCAGUUCUCUGAUGCUUGACAAUGGAGGGCAAAUGCAUAAUGGAGGGCAACAGUAUGGAGUAAUAAAUCCCGAGGGCAGUGGAGACAGAAAAGCUAAUACAAAUCUGACAAACCAGUUGGAUAAUGGAAACAGUAUCUCAACAAUUGACAGCCUCCCUGAUGGAAGCUACCACACUCCAUAUGCUCAAAGUGAAAACUCUUGUCUUACUCAAGGUUCUUCGGUCGAUAUUCCCAUGAAAUGCCUGAGCCCAGAGGCCCAACCUCCAUUGAAAGUGAGAAAUGAAAUAGUUAAAACUGAGAAUGUGUCCACUCCUGGUUAUGAACAGAUGGACAACUCGGUAGAUGGCAUGCUCAGCCCCCAAAGUGUCACUCAAGGAGAUUUCUCUUUAGAUGAGGAAUGUCCAAAUGCUGACUGUGAGGAUAACGCCUCAGAUGAUAAGGCUGGUGAACCUGACGUGCAAAAGGGCAAACGCAGUAGGUUGAGCAAACGAACAAAAUGGCCGGCAAUCAUUAAGGAUGGUAAGGUCAUCUGUAGGAGGUGCUUCAGAGAGUUCACAAGCACCAAGUCUCUCGGAGGUCACUUGUCUAAACGCUCACAGUGCAGGCCCGUAGAUGAAAUCGAUCUUACGGCUGAACUGCCAACAUCUUUCCUUGAUUUUCUCAAUGACCCCCAUGUCCCUGACACUAAUGGAGCAAUAUUCAACAUGGCAAAUGGGGAUUUCUCACAGGAAUCGUGUAGCUUGACCACUUUGUCUUCACCCAUGGCAUUGAAACAAGAGCCUCAAUACACAAACAUAAUGGAUUAUUCAAACUCCUUAACUGUUACCCUGAAAACCAGCCAGAGAAGGCAGGAGAGUUGGCAAACCCAGCUCUUGCUGCACCUUAUCAAGAAGAUCACUUGAUGGAAAUUUCACAUGCCUUUCAAA